AUGACCGACUCCCUGAACGAUGUCCCGGACGUACCAAUUGUCUUUGUAUCCAAUGCGUACUUGGAUGACCUUACUGCUAACAUGAGAUCCAGGCCCAUUCCGUGGGAGGGUUAUCAUCGUGCAGGAAUUAUUACUCAAGAAGAACUCGACCUCAUUAAAGCUGUCGAUAAGCAGAGCAAAGAACAAGUCAACGAUGUUAUGGAAAGGGAUGGAGACAAAUAUGCUGUAUUGUAUACCAAUUUAUUGGAAAAGUCUGUAAGAAUUGAUACCGUGCAGUACGUUUUGGUUUUAGUGGGAGACAUGCUGGCUGACAAUGAAGGACGAGUAAUACAUUUCCAUGAUUUAAGCAAACAAGACCCUGAACUUCCUUAUAGAGUAUUUCUGAAACGUCUGGAUACGGAUGAUGAAUUUGUCCAAUUAGCAGCAGCAAAAAUCUUGACUCUUUUGGUCUGUUCAACAACAAAACCUUCAUCGUCGAACGUUGACGAAUUCUUCCAAUGGAUCUAUACGAGACUAAAGAGUAGCGACCCAAACAUAUACGAUCUUGCAGUGCAAAUGUUGGAAUCUAUCCUACGUGUGCCGGAUUACAGAUUCCAGUUCUGGGAAUCACUCGAUUCGGUUGACGCGUUAGUGUAUCUUUUGAAAAGCAAGAAUCCUACACCACAAAUGCAAUAUCAGAUAAUCUUUUGUUUCUGGCUAUUGACUUUUGAAAAGAAAAUAGCGAGUGAAUUCAACACGAACUAUGACUUAAUUCCAAAAUUAGUUGAUAUUGCCAAGAGUGCAAUCAAAGAGAAAAUUAUUAGAGUAAUCAUUGGCACGUUUAGGAAUCUGGUAGAAAAAGCUCCCGAAGCUAAUCUUCCGGCAAUGUUGGUUGCUAAACUGCUCAAUUUCUGCGAGAAUUUAUCAAGCCGUAAAUGGUCGGACAGUGAGAUUCAAGAAGAUAUUGCAUAUUUGAAAGUUGAACUUCAAAACAAUUUCCAGAGUCUAACAACGUUCGAUGAAUAUGCAUCUGAACUUCGUUCCGGAAAGCUCCAAUGGUCACCGGCUCAUGAAUCUGAACAAUUCUGGAGACAAAACGCGCACAGGUUAAAUGAAAACGAUUAUGAACUGCUAAGGAUCCUCGUCCACCAACUGGUCACAUCUUCUGAUACUCUAGUAUUAGCUGUGUCGGCUCAUGAUCUUGGACAAUAUGUGAAGUAUUGCCCGAAAGGAAAGAAAUUUCUUCAAGAGGUUGGAGCCAAGCAACGAGUUAUGGCUAUGAUGACACAUGAAGAUCCAGAAGUCCGUUAUCAAGCAUUGAUUGCUGUGCAAAAGUACAUGACAAAUGCAUGGUAA